AAAUGAAAUUGAAUCUGAUCUACUUUAAUUUACUGAUGUAUAAUUUUAAUGCACAGUACAUUUUUAAAACGCUUUAUUUCGAUGCUCGUGACUCUUCCGGUUCUCCAUAGUUGAGUGGUGUUAUGUAACAGUACUCCAGUGGUUUACCGGGAGGUGUUAUUAGCCGUUGCUAUGGUAACCACUUGUUUUGCUUAACUCCUGCAAAAGGUAGAGGACAUUAAAACGGACUCUUCUGGUGGUUUUCUGCUGUACCAAAGAAGUGGAGAACGAUGUCGUUCCCGGACCACAGCUCCCAGCUGGGUGCGGGACCCGAUUUGAAAAACAUUGAAGUUAUGCUGAAUCACUCUGAGCUCUUCAGGGCAGAGUGCAAAGGGCUGAUCCUGGAGACUGACAAAGCAUGGCGGCGCAUGCAAAAUGAUGACAAAAAGCGACUCGAUCAGCGGGUCAGAGAUAUCCAGUUUCUGAUAAAGGAAUUGGAGCUAAAGCUGGAGGAGGUCAUUCUGGAGACUGAUGCUCUUAUAACUUUACAGAGCAGUGUUGUGAAGGCUGUGGAGGGCACCAAAGAGCCUCUGAGAGUCACUGUUCUCUGUCUGGAGGAGAGGAUGAAACGCGUCCCGGCUGAGAGGGUGGAGGAUGAAGUGGAAAGAGAGCUGCUGAAGGAGCAGGAGGUUCUCAAGGGAGUAGCUUCCCUCUUGGAGCGUACACUGGAGCAGAUGAGUGAACAGAUUAGACUGAACCGAUCUGCCAAGUACCAUUUGGAGAAGGAUCUGAAGGAGAAAUCUGAGGCCCAGCACAUUGACAACUCCUGUGUUGUAAUGACCACCCAUUCCAUCGGUAACCUGCAGCUCUCCACAACCAAGAGCACCGGUCUGCCUAGCUUGACAGUGACUCCAAAGCAGUGGGAGAACAUCUCAGAUAUCAACAUAGCUAAAGCAGAGCACCAGAAGACCAACUCUGAAUCCAUGAGGGCCCUGGUGCAGUCUGUCCUGGAGCAGACAGCUGCUGACAUGCAGAAGCAGUUUCAGGCUACAACAACUGCCUUCCAGACACAUAUCCAGGAAAUCAAGUCUGUCAAGAGCCAGAUGGAAGAGAAACUGCCCGAGAUUCUGUCUGAGAUAUCCAGCCAGGAGAGGCUCAGAGAGGAUCUUCAAGUGGCCAUCACAGAGAAUGAGCAUUCCCUGAAUCUGGCAAAGACCCGGCUGGCUAUGCGUCUCCAGAGGCCCAGCAAGGAGCAGUGCUACGAUCUAGCCCAGGCUCAGCUCCUCACUGAAAUCCAGCACCUCACCUCUCACAUCAAGAAACUGCGUGAGGAAACAGCUCAGUCACAGGAGCAGCAGAGGGCGCUAGUGCGCUGCAAGCUGAGGCUGGAGGAGGAUGUCAAUAUGAAGGCCAGCUCUCUCUACAUUGACGAAGUCAUCUGCACUCAGCUCAGGGAGCCUGUCAGGACACAUACAUUCUGACCAUUAUAUGCACUUGAGAUGUAUUUCAAAAUGCAGUCAUAUAACAUUUUCUUUACAAUAACUGUGAUCCUGUUUCUCUUUUAAGUAGUUGGUUGGCAUCAUUUUUCUUUUACAACUGUUUGAAUCUCUUUUUUCCCUAACUAAAAAAUUUAAAUUGACCUCACAUAGAAUCUUGUGAUUAUUUUUAUUUACAAACUACAUAAUAGCUUUUUUUUUUUGGUUUACAGCAAAAUGUUCCAGGAAUGAAGCCCACACACAGGAUAAUAAAAACUGAAUUUAUUAGACCUAAAAGUAAUAUUUAAAUUUAACCUCCAAAGAAGAUUGAUUUAAGGUAAAAGAGAGUUACUGAUCACCUUCACCAGCUUGUAUAGCCUGAAUCCCCAGAGGAACUGCAUUUACUGAUGACCCUUUAAUGUCAGCCACAUUAUGUGGGCAUUAUUAACACGAAAGCUCACGGAACCCGAUGGCACAUAUUACCACAUAUGUUAGUAGCGUUUGCCUAAAUGACUAGAA